AUGACGACGAGCAAUUUCGUUGCUAUUGGCCUUCAGAAUGCGCUGAAUCACUUAUACAAGGAUCACGGAAUAUCUGCACCAGAUAACAAGACAAAGUCCGGCUUGCAAAAGAAAGCCGAGGAGAAGCCAGGGAGCAAGAGGCCAAGAUCGAUUGUGGAUAUAUGGAAGCUCGACCCUUUAAGACCUCGAGAACAGGCGAUUGCCAACUCUAUGAUACGCGGAUUUAAUCGAAAUCACUUUCAACGUCUCCUGAUCGAGUGGAUAGUCGACACGAAUCAGCCCUUUAGUGUUGUUGAACAUGAGAGACUCCGGGAUAUCUUCGAAUACCUUAACCCUCACAAGGCGCGCGUCAUUGAAGCCCUGCGAAAGAGCCCCGGCUUAAUACACGUCAGCUUUGACGGAUGGAGGGCGCGGAAUCGACACUCGUUAUACGGUAUCGUGUGCUUCUUCAGGGACGAGAAUAGCAAGCCCCACAAGGUCGCUCUGGGGGUCCCCGAAGUCCGCAGACAUUCGGGGAACAACAUUGCAACAGAAGUCCUUUAUACCAUCGAGGCUUUUGGCAUCGAGGAGAAUAUUGGGUAUUUUACCCUUGACAAUGCCGAGAACAACGACACAGCACUUGAGGCUAUUGGCAAAAAGCUCGGCUUCAAUGGCGCUCGAAGGCGAGGCCGCUGCUUCGGCCAUAUAGUCAAUCUGUCUGCGAAGGCACUACUGUUCGGGAAGGAUACAGACGCGUUCGAAGAACAACUUUCUGGUGCAGAAGCGCUGUCUGAAGCCGAAUACGAACUUUGGCGACAGAAAGGGCCGGUUGGGAAGCUCCAUAAUUUCGUCGUGGAUGUUGAUCGAUCGGACAGACUGACAUACCUGUUGAAAGAACUUCAAGAGUACGACAUAUCCAUGUCGGACGAUCCGAAAAUACGGUCAAAAAGCCCCGUCUCGGUAGUGCUAGAUAACGAUACGCGCUGGCUUUCCCAGCUCUAUAUGAUCCGCCGCGCCUUGAGACUUCGAAGGUACUUCGAACUGCUAGUCGCGAAGUUCCGAAUCCAAUGGGAGGAGGAGAAUACAUCAAAAAGAACUGGCCAGUUGAAAAAGUCGGCUGUCCGGCCUCGAAUCCUUAGAGACGAGAACCAACUUACGGCCAACGAUUGGUCUGUACUUCAACACUUCGCGACGAUCCUUGGAUACUAUGAAGAUGCAGUCAAGACUCUAGAAGGCGACGGUUUAAUCAGGAAACGCAAGAGGGGUUAUACUGGUUCAUAUGGAAACGUUUGGGAUGUGAUCAAUGGGUUUGAAUUCCUGCUUGGCAAGCUCGAAAAAUAUAAGGCGAUGGCAAAAGAUUUUCCUGACCCCGAACAGUUCAGGAUCGGCAUAAAUAUGGCCUGGGAGAAAUUAGACAAGUAUUACACUAUUCUCGACACAACACCGAUAUAUUAUACCGCCCUCGCACUCCACCCGGCAUACAGAUGGGGAUGGUUCGAGCAGGCCUGGGUACAUAAGCCCGACUGGAUCAGAUCUGCAAAAAGGAUAGUUCAAGAAGUGUGGGACGAGUCCUAUCGAGAUUUCCAUAUUGUGGUGGCCUCAAAUGACGAGCCUGUUGCAAAACGACAGAAGCAAUACUACAAUGCCUUCGAAGAGCAUUGCGAACAGUCCCGUAUCGACUCCAUACAGACAGAGCCUCUACUGGACGACGACACGAUUGGCGACGAAUACGAACGAUGGCAAUCGAGCCAUGAGAGCACUGACAAGACUGUGCGAGAUCCGAUAGCGUAUUGGCAUGAGAAGCGCCUGCAAUACCCUCGUCUCUCCCGAAUGGCCCUCGACUUUGUCACAAUACAAUCAAUGUCUGCAGAAUGUGAGAGGAUGUUCUCGGCAGCAGGGCAGAUGGUUGUUCCCCAACGGUGCAAUCUUCAGGCGCAAACAGUUGGGAUGUGUCAGGUAUUGAGGUCGUGGUUUCGGGCAGGCAUUAUCAACGACCUAGAUCCGUUAUUUCUCUCGAUCAUAGAGGAGAAGAAAGAGCUCGAGGGCAUCCAUCUUAAUGAUGAUGAGUUCAGAAGACGGGAGCUAUCGUGGCUCGCUGCCGCGGCGAAAACAGCUGGCCAUUGA